CUGCUCUGCUCUCUCGCUCGCUCUCUCUGUGGUCGGAACAAACUGAGUAGUCGGAAUUUUAAGUAACCAAACCAAAUUAAAUGUGCUUUUACAUCAACAAACGCUGGACGCGCAAUAAGUGAGGUGUUAAUUAUGCGCCGCAGCAGCAGCCAGCAGUGAGAGAAUGAUGCACUCCGCCUGAUUUUUUGGCAGCACAACUGUUUGGAUUGGCUAAAACGCAGCAAAAUUAAGGGAAAUAACAAAAAAAAAAAAAAAAUCAGCCAGAAGAACGUCGAACGUCGAAAAAAGAAAGCGCGAUGUGCGACGGUGAAAUUGGCGAUCCGGUGACUCAGCCACGUUCCGAGGGCGGUGGAUUGCUGGACGAGCCGGCGGAGAAGCACCUGACCAAUGGAUCGCCCGAGCCGGAGCCCGUCGAUCCCCUCCUGGUGGCCCAGUGGUCGCUGGAGGAUGUGACCAGCUGGGCCAGCUACACAGAGCACUUCUCGCGCAUCCUGCUCGACUGCCUGCGCCAGGAGGCCAUCGACGGCGAAGUCCUGCUCUCGCUGACCGAGGAGGAUGUCCGGGACCUGCGCUACCGCCUGGGCUACAAACUCACCUUCGGGGAGCUCAAAAAAUUCUGGCUAGCCACGCUCAAACUGCAGCUGCUGGUGAAGAACAGCUCCGCGGAAUCCGUGAUGCUGGGCAUCGAGAGUCAUGGCGGGAACUCGGUGUACAUGCCACUGUCCAAUGCCGGCGGCGGUCCACCAUCCUCCUCCACCUGCCCCUGUCCGCAGGUCGAGUGCCCCAGCUAUGUGUCCGAUUGCGACACCUAUUUGCGCAUGGGCGGACGCUAUGUUCCGCCGGAAUACUUCAAGACCGCCAUGAGCUUAGGCUACUCGUUCGUGGUCACCUGGAUAACUUCAUUAACGAUGGUUAUCGUGCACGAACGAGUUCCGGAUAUGAAACGCUAUCCGCCGCUGCCGGACAUCUUCCUGGACAAUGUGCCGCACAUUCCAUGGGCCUUCAACAUGUGCGAGAUCACCGGCUCGCUGCUCUUCACCAUUUGGGUGGUCGUGCUGAUCUUCCACAAGUACCGAUUGGUCCUCCUGCGGCGUUUCUUCGCUCUGGCGGGCACUGUUUUCCUGCUGCGUUGCGUCACCAUGCUGAUCACCUCGCUGAGCGUUCCGGGAACGCAUCUGCAGUGCAGCCAAAAGGAUUUCGCCAUCGAUGAUCCGAAUGUGGACAUGUUGGGUGCCCUGAUCAUACGGAUGUCGCGGGCCUAUCGCAUCUGGAGCGGCCUGGGAAUGUCCAUUCAGGGCGUGCGAACCUGCGGCGAUUACAUGUUCAGUGGUCACACAGUGGCCCUCACCCUGCUCAACUUCUUUAUCACAGAGUAUACGCCGCGGAAUCUGUACUUCCUGCACACGCUCACCUGGCUGCUCAACAUGUUCGGCAUCUUCUUCAUCCUGGCUGCCCAUGAGCACUACUCCAUCGAUGUGUUUGUGGCCUUCUAUAUCACCUCGCGUCUGUUUCUGUAUUACCAUACGUUGGCGAAUAAUAGGGCUCUCAUGCAAAGCGACUCCAAGAGGACGCGUGUUUGGUUUCCCAUGUUCAGCUACUUCGAGAGCAGCGUCGAUGGAAUGGUGCCCAAUGAGUAUGACACUCUAGGCUCCCUUAUCGAUGGGAUUAUUGAACAGAUCUUCAAGGCCAAGGACCAAUUGGCCUUAACCAUAAAGCGCACCUGGCUGGAUGCCCCGUCGAGCGAUAGUUCAACGACUCACAUCUUUGGCUCCGAUUCGGCGGAUACAUGUUUACACAAUGGAACAUCAUCGGCAUCCCCUUUCUUUAGUCCUCACCAGUCGAUGGUUGGGAGCCAGACACAUUUGAAUAAUGCUCGAUCAACGGCUGCCAUGCCCGCGGCUGCUCCUCCAUCGGCGGCAAAGAGUUUACAGGCUCAGAAGAAGACCUUUAGGGACGCAAGUGUUGACCCCUUCUCCAGGACGACGUUCGCCGCUGGCCUGGAACCCUCCAAGGAAAAGAAACAGCUCUGAUUCCCACAGCCAUUCGCUCUUCCACAUCAGUUUAUCGAUGACGUUCUUCGAAAAGCAAACAUGCAGAAAUCAACCAUACCGACUGAUAUUUUUAUUUCGAAAUUACCAUUUUUCCCUUUUACAGCUCCUCCUCCUCUUCCUUUUCCCCCUCGUAUUAUUGUAUGCAUUCUACCAUUCGUAGUGCCUUCCGGGUCGUAGUUUCCCCCACCUAGAACAAUGUUGUGUCCCCAGAUCUUUUCCUUAGUUUACAUGUGGAAUUUGAAUAUCGAAGUUUUCUUAGCCGGGAGACGCUCCACGUCGGCUUCUAAUUGAUAAUGAUAAGAUAACCCUCCUCAUUCCGUUCAAUUGAGUUUUGAACUAAAUGUAUUUAUUAUUGAAGACUUUUAAUGCAUUAUUAUGUAAUUGUAAGCAUGUGAAACAAGCGUAUUUUUAGUUAAUUAGUGAUAAGUUUGGAAAGUUUCUGUUGAACGCACAAAAAUUAAUAAAUCAAAUGAAUAUUCUCAGAGUCUGGAGAAACCACUGUGAA